ACUCUAAAUAUAGCGGACUUUAAGUCAGACUGGAUUGCAGGGGAGACUUAAAACUACUGCGAAGAACGCACGGAGACUCAAGUUUUUUAGUAAAUAUUUUCUGUGUUCUAAAGCUCUCAGUCAUUUUUCACUUUGAUGAAAUGCGAGGUUGUUGCACUAAUGGACUGACACUCUGGAUCAAAUGGUGAACUGGUUUGUUAUGAAGACUAUGGAAUUAUUCAGGGAUCAAGAGGCAUUAUCUCAAUAAUGUAAUCUUAAUCACCACAGAUAUUUCUCUGCGGGUUUACGUCAAAGGAAAGUUCAAUAUUUUGUUCAACAGUUGGCCAUAAGUUGCUCCAGCAGAAAUGAUAUGCCACUUGUCUCUUUUAGUCGUCGUCAAUCUUUUCGUGUCUCAGUGCCACGGCGGCUGUGCGGAGGUGGACUCCCUGACUGAAGCCGUGGCAGGAGAAGGAUUCCUGCUGGGCUGCAUCUCCUGUAAGAGAAGAGAGGAGGUGUCUGCCCGAGCCACUGUAGACUGGCACUUCAAACCGCUGGGAGAGGAGGAGUUCAGGCAUACUUUCCACUAUGACCACCCCAGUGCUAGCAUCCUCAAUGAAGAUUUCAGCAAGCGUCUGGCCUGGCAUGGAUCAAACAACAGCGAUAUUCAGAUAGGAUCCAUUUACAUUAAUAACGUCACCUUCAAUGACACAGGGACGUACCGCUGCACAAUCUUCCGCACCCUCUCCCUGCCCAAGUAUGACGAGCACGUCACCGUGGAGAAAGAGUUCGAGCUCAAUGUGGUGGCUGUAGCCAAUCGGGAGCUGACAGCAGUGAUCUCAGAGAUUGUAAUGUACGUGCUGAUCGUGGUUCUGCAGCUGUGGCUCAUUGUGGUUCUGGUCUACUGUUACAAGAAGAUUUCGGAGGAGCAUGAAGGUCGGGAGGCCCGUAAAGCUCUCAAGGCUCAGGCAAAGCUGUUAGAAACAAAAGACAACUGUGACGGGGUGCAGCUAGAGUAACAUUACCGGUAAAAAGAUCUCUGUAAGAGUCGAGCUUCAUGACUGUACCGUGGUUUUGCUAACUACUGUUGAUUUUGAAUUUUGAAUGCCUUGGUCAAUCAGUCAUACACGCAACCUGUAUGAUCAACUGUAAAGAUAAGCUGAUGGUGCAGAUGGCAGAUUUCCCUCCUUGUUAUUAAAAUAUUUACACUUCAUAGUUUGGGGAUUUGUGAAAAAAAGACCUUUAAAGGUUUUUUGAAAAGAAAUACCUUCAAUGUAUGGAAUUGAAUGACUUUUUAGUAUUUAAUAAUCAUAAAAAAUAUUUAUUUCAUAAUUUAUUUUUAGUCUAUACAACAUUUAAUUACCAGAGCCAAACAUCAAACGGCUAUCCCAAUGGCUAUUGAUUCAUUUUCUAUUGAUAAACUGAUCAAAUGAUUGACUUAUACUGUUGAUGGGAAUUUUUUAAAGUUUUAAAACAAAUAGCUUCAGGCAAACUGCGUCUUACUGGGCUGAAGUGUGUACAGUGUAGAUAUGCUGGGUGUAAUGCAACCCAUGGCCUUUGUAGCAACUCAUGUCUAUAGCAUCUCUUUUAACCAUACAACAGAAGCUGAAAUUGCAAAAAAAAAAAUCAUGUUUUUACCAUAAUUUAAACAAAUACAAUGAAGUAAUUAUU